GCCGGCCGCAUCCGUUCUUCCCCCAUCAUCGCUCGAUCGCAUCCCAGACCCUCUGCUCGUCGUCCCACACAGCGAGCGCACCGUCGUCUUCACCAUCCUCGACGUCCUCCUCGCUGUCAACAACGGUCUCUGCUGCUUAGUCCCCAGAGCGCAGCAUAUUUUGUCCUCGAGCUUCACGCCCUAUUCGCGUCCGACUAAGCACAUCUCACGCGUCGCGUUUACACCGUUUCAAAGCACGUCGUCGUCGAUUGGCUCGUCCGCCUCAUACCUUAUCCCGCCUCAAUAAGUCUAGUCACUCUCUGUCUGUAUCUGUAACAGCAGAUCGUCGCGUUUUCCUGCUUCGCUGUCCUUGUUGCCGUCCGGCUGUUGAUGUUUUGAAUCUCUCUUUUGCCUCUCGUCUCUCGUCUUCAACUGUUUCAUUGCCCACCUCUUAUUGCAAAAGCACACCCUCUCGAUCUUCCACGUCGAUGGCUGCCUCCGUUGCCCCACGUCGUGCUCCAACUUUCCCUCCGACAGCUCCCGCGGACGAGGAGUUUAUCAACCGCUCUCUUUUGGAUAGCCUGGACGCUCAGGCCGACGCAGAGCCCCUCUCCUCCUCUGACUCGGAGGCUAAUCCACCGCCGGCGACUUCGUUUGCCAUGUCAUCGGUUGUUGGUGCUAGCAGUAUCCUGCCGAACUACCUCAGAUCUCCUCCUCUCAGUGCAGAUUCACUCAGUCCCAAUACGCAAAAUACCACACCAUCUCAUCCCGUGUAUAACAGCAUGAACAAUCUCCCUAUUCUCUCGUCCGACUUUUCUAUACCUUCCGGCGAGCACGAUUCGCUUAAUCAACAGCAUAAAGCAAAUGGUUUCUCGGGCCCGCUCCGAGGAUCGUCAGCAUCCUUUGCAUCUUUCUCUAAUUCUCGCUCGCGAAACCCGGCUUCCUUUUCCCGUGACAAUGCCACUGUGUCCUUUGCACCUCAAUUUUCCCAGUCGCAAUCGGAUAUAUUUGUGACCAAUACCCUUCCACCUUCCAUCAGCUCUCAACAGCCUUCGUCCUUCGAGUCGAUGCAUAACCAAGGACGACCAUUCGACUUCGCCAUGGCUGGUGCCCAGGCUAAUCAAGGAUUGCUGCCAAACGGUCAAUCCAAGGCCGGAGCAUUCGGCGGUCUCGAUUCAUAUCGGAUGGGUUUGGAAUCUGGUGCAGCUCUUUUGGGCAAGCAGCAGAACCCUCUCGCUAUGAAUCUGGCGUUGAUGCGCGAUGGUUCAAUGACGUUGCAGUCGCAGCUUCAGGCUGGUUCACAGCCGUUCCAAAGUCCGCAUGGUCUCUCUCACGGACAUCAUGGUCCAUUGCCAGGCCAGACACCGUUCGGUCCUUCGUUGUCUGGGGCUGGGCAAGGCACACCGUUGAGUGGCGCACCUGGUGUGACGCAUCUCAACGGUUCCGCUCGGGACAGCCAACAGCAACAGCAGACGGAGGAGAUCUCGACCAUAUUUGUCGUCGGUUUCCCAGAUGACAUGACGGAACGCGAAUUCCAGAAUAUGUUCACCUUUUGCCCAGGCUUCGAAGCAGCAACAUUGAAGAUCCCUAAUAAGGAAGCUGCCGCUUAUGGUUCCACGGGUACAAAUACAAGCGCCCGUCCUGGUAGCAUCCCUUUCCAGUACGGCGGUUCAAAUGACCCUUACAAUAUCGUCACCGUUAACCAAGGAGGCGUUGUCGUUGAUAACGGUCGUGAUGGACUAACAACGUCGUGGCCAGCGCCCAUGCCGCCAACGGACGACGGUCACUUCGUUCCAACCCUCCAGCCACCACGCAAGCAGAUCAUUGGUUUCGCCAAGUUCCGCACUCGUCAAGAGGCCCUCGACGCACGCGAUGCUCUCCAGGGCCGUCGCGUUGACCUUGAGAAAGGCUCUGUCUUGAAGGCGGAGAUGGCUAAGAAGAAUCUCCAUACCAAGCGUGGACCUGGGGUUGGAUCGUCGGCCUCGUUAGGAAACAUGGCCAACGUUAAUUCCGAGAGUUUGGCAAACGUUGCUGCUCUUAGCAAUCUCAUGUCUAUGGCUGCCGCUGCCAACCAGCCGACGGAAGCGUUCAACCAGCGAGACAGGGAGCUUGGCGUUUUGGGCGCCAUAGGCGUCGGUCUUCCUACUCGCCGAGACAGGCUUGUCGAAGAAGAGGAGCGCCGUCGUUCAGAUGUUGGUAUGGUUGGUUCUAUGGCCUUCGGACCCCGUGGGGCGAGAGAGCGUGCUGAAGAAGACGAACGCGAGAGGGAGAAGAAACGAAAGGAAGCUGUCAGAUUGAGGCAGAACUCGUACGCAUUCGAGGCGUUCCAUUCGGUCCCACAGCAGAUGGUUCGUGAAGGUGCUAAUUCGCUGUUGUCCGCCGAGAACGGCAUCCCGGAUCCCAACGGUACUGGGUAUGGGAUGGGUUUUCCACAGGACAACGUGAGCUCAAGCAUCGCACCUUGGGGUUCGCUUCGGGAUGUUAGUGCCAGCGCGGCUCUGAGGAAGAUAUCCGCGCCUAACCUUCCUACUAGUACCUCGCUGAAUCGUCCAUCGUCUGUUUCUCCGGAGCAAUCGCCGCCGACUCGCGAGACCGUUCCCAGCUCUCCGUCUGGUCCAACCUCUGCGUCCUCGCAGAAUGACAGUACUUUGCCCACUAGCGUUAGUGCACCCUUCUCUCCUCAAUCAACCUCUUCUUCAUUACCUCGUGCACGCGCGUCUUCCCCCUCCUGUGAGCAACUGCCAAGCACCUCAUUGCCUGCUUCAAGUGCCGGUAGUGUGAUUGGAUCGCAGAAUGGUCACGAUGAGGAUCUUGCCAGGGCCGUCAAUGCUCUGACUGUAAGUACGAGCCAGGGAAAUACAAGUCCGCAACUACCUUCCCCCGCAAGCGGUGCCAGCUCAGCCACAGGAAGGAACCCUGGUGAUCAGAACCCUCCGAUUAAUACCCUGUACGUAGGCAAUCUGCCAACGUCACCUGCCUCCGGUGGAUCACCUCCCACGAUCCUCGAAGAACGAUUGAGGGACCUGUUUUCCAAGCGUCCUGGGUACCGUAAGCUUUGCUUUAGGCAAAAGAGUAACGGGCCUAUGUGCUUUGUCGAGUUUGAAGACGUGGCUUAUGCGACGCAAGCUCUGAAGGAACUGUACGGCCACACUCUUGACGGGCUAGUCAAGGGCGGAGGCAUUCGUCUCUCGUACAGUAAGAACCCUCUUGGUGUUCGAACUCCCACAAGUGGAGGCACUGGACAAAGCUUACAGCAGCAGCAGCAAAUUGGUCAACCACAGGCACUCAACGGACCCCAAUCCACGCCGUUCUUUGGUGAUGCAUUUCAGCGCCAAGGAGAUAUAGACAGCAUUAGACAUAUCCGCCGCGACACCUCCGGAGGCAUGACCUCCCCUACCUCAUCUUACCAUUACACUAUGUCGUCUCCUCCUCCGCGUUUCUUCAACGCCCCGACUGCCAAUUCUGGGGCAUUUAAUGCACCGCUCCCCAGCUCGACAGCAGCUCUUCCUAGAGCCAACUCGCAGGGGUAUGGCCUACCACCGUCAGCUGGUUUCUCACCGGGCUCCAACUCUGCAUCGUCGACUUUCUCUCCAUUUGGCAUCUCACCAUCUCAUUCUACGAUACCCGAUCAGCCCAGUGCUGAAAAUAUCAAUGACCCCCAGCACCAUCUUCCUCAUCACCUCAGCAAUCUCAAUUCCCAUGUGUUCUCAUCGGUUUCCGCCAACAUAGAGGCUAGUCGGGCGGGAUGAAGUCCCUUAUUAUUGUCGUACGCAUACGCACAAAGCAACAUCGUCAUAUCCUCUGCAAUCACACGUCAAUCAAAUUAUUGUGGCUCAUGCAUGUACUAUCCUAUGAACAUCCCUCAAUAUCGUUUCUGCCCUUUUUCUUCUACUUUUACCCCUGCUGCAUAGUUUUGUCUCGGUCCAUAGUUUCCCUCGGACGUCUUCGCCUUACGCUUCCCUUCCUCUCGGUACCCCAUCUAUCUAUCUGCGUCAUAUACUCCCCCACACGCUCGUACACAUUGUUCAUAAACGAAACUUAGGGUUCCGAUUCAUAAUCUUCCUCGUUUGCUCGGCCGCCUGCUUUUUCCGUCUCCAUACACUUUGUCACACCUCGGCUCCUUGUUGUUAUCUGUUGUUGUUCUCCUUAUUGACGUUUUGCACCUUUUUAUACUCUUUCACUACUCAGUUUUCACUUCCCAGACGCUUCACCCUUUUUGCAUAUUCCCCCAUCGUAUGGUGUUUUGGCUAGUUCGUGUUACACUCGAUUACUACCUGGGUGGCUUGCAUUCAGUCUCGACCUUCCCUACAUAUGUAUAUUUACUGCUCUUCACUCAAGCUUGUCUGUGAAUACGGAUUGUUGUAAUGGAAUAUUUUUGCGACCUCGAGUUAAGUUGCUUGUU